CCGGCUGGGACACAGCAUAGACUGCCUGGCUGCCGGUUACUGGAGGUGCUGUCUCAAACACGAUUCCACGGGUAGAUGAUCCUUACGGACUGGACAUCACAGAGACAUUCUAAGAUGGAUAAACGUCGUGUGACUGCCAGGAUGGCGGAAAAGCAGCUGUACUGGAGACGAGUGCUCACAGAGAACAAAGGCAAAACUGACUGUUUCCAGUCCAAGAACGCUGAUGAGGCCUGCGUGGCGGUGAAAAUCGAACACUCCAGAGCUCUCGGCAGCAGCCCGGUGUGCGAGAAAAGCAACCAACCCAGUGUGCAGGCGUGUCUGAGACGAGCGGGCGGUGGGACAAGUGACAAGAGCAAGGGAGGGGUCAAUGGAAGAAGCUCUUUCUGCAGGCCCCGGCUGCUGUCUAAACCAAAAGUGCCUCCAAAGCCACCACAUCUCCAGAGCCCGGUGACGGAGGUCAAGUCCCCGCUGGGCCGCAUCCAGAAAGCACCAAUAAAACUGGGCAUGGAGGAGGGAGGAGGAGGAGCAGGAGGAGUAGGGAGAGGAGCCGUGAACCGGGAGAAAGUCAGGGAGAAACACUCCAAAGUCUCAGACCUCAUCAACCGCUUUGAGGAGAACAGCAGCUCAGAGAACAAGAGAGACAGCUCACCGCUCAAACAGAUCAGCAAGUCGUCCAACUGCAGCCCAGCUCACCGCACCUACCAGAGGCCGACGGAGACCACCGGGACUAAGGAGAACCACUCAUCCGCACCCACCUCGCCACAGGAUGACCACAAACCGGAGGCUAACGGGACACUAGCUCAGAUGGAGCAGGACAAGAACCAGGUGGAUAACCCAGACACGAACAAUGACAGUGUGACGAUAGAGACUGCUGGGCUGGUAAACGGGGAUAUGGGUUGCAAGAGCCCAGAACAGACUGGUGAUCUUUCACCUCCAGAAACAGACAAAACCGCUACAGAGAGCCACACUGAGAAGGAGGACAGUGGAACUAAAAUCGAAAGCGAGCAUAAGAACGAAGAAGUGAGCACCGACCAUAAGGAGACAAAUGAACAGAAGCUGUUUAAGAUCGCCAGUGAGCUCUUGCACACAGAGAAGGCCUACGUAACGAGACUUAACCUGCUGGACCAGGUAUUCUGUGCCAAGCUCAUGGAGGAGGCAAAUAAGGGGACGUUUCCUGUUGAAGUAGUAAAGAACAGCUUCUCCAACAUAAGCUCCAUCAACGCCUUUCACAGCCAGUUUCUGCUUCCAGAUCUGGAGAAACGCAUGGGAGAAUGGGCGUCCACACCUCGCAUCGGAGACAUCCUGCUGAAACUCACACCCUUCCUCAAGAUGUACGCAGAGUACGUGAAGAAUUUCGACAAGGCCAUGGAGCUGCUGAAACAAUGGAUUGAUCGGUCUCCUCAAUUCAAGGCCAUCAUUCAGGAGAUACAGAGUCAGGAGGUCUGCGGCUGCCUGACGCUUCAGCACCACAUGUUGGAGCCCGUGCAGAGAGUCCCUCGCUAUGAGAUGCUGCUUAAAGACUAUCUGAAGAAGCUACCUCAGGACGACCCUGACCGACGAGAUUCAGAGAGAUCAUUAGAAAUUAUCGCCACAGCAGCUACUCACUCCAACAGCGCCAUUCGAAAAUCUGAGAAUCUGAAGAAACUGAUGGAGAUAUAUGAGAUUCUGGGUGAGGAGGAAGACAUUGUCAACCCCUCUAACGAGUUCAUCAAAGAGGGCCACAUCCUGAAGCUGGCGGCCAGGAACACCUCAGCCAUGGAGAGAUACCUCUUCCUGUUCAACGACAUGCUGUUGUACUGCGUGCCCAAAUUCAGUCUGGGAGGAACGAAGUACACGGUGAGGACGCGGAUCGGCAUCGACGGCAUGAAGGUCCUGGCAACGACCAACGAGGACUACCCUCAUACCUUCCAGGUGUCAGGGAAGGAGAGGAUGCUGGAGCUACAGGCCAGCUCAGAGCAGGACAAGGCAGACUGGAUUAAGGCUUUCCAGGAGACCAUUGAGAUCUUCCAGCAGAAAAACGAGUCAUUCAAGAAUGCACUGAGAGAUGUGGAGGAAGUGUCGAAUGCAGAGCUGGGGAAGCGUGCCCCUCGCUGGAUCCGCGACAAUGAAGUGACAAUGUGUAUGAAGUGCAAGGAGUCUUUCAAUGCUCUGACACGACGGAGGCACCACUGCAGGGCCUGCGGCUAUGUGGUGUGCUGGAAGUGUUCAGACAAUAAGGCACCGCUUCAAUACGACGGCUACAAGGUGAACAAAGUCUGCAGAGAUUGCUACUCCAUCCUGACUGGAGAAACGAGAGCUGAGGGCAAGAAGAAGGGCAUCCUGGAGAUCGAGGCGGCUCAGUUCACAGACAGCAGCAUCAUGUGCGGCUUCCUGCAGUACUGUGAGAAGAACAAACCUUGGCAGAAGGUGUGGUGCGUCAUCCCCGAGAAGGAGUGUCUGGUGCUCUAUCUCUACGGUGCUCCGCAGGACGUGAAGGCCCAGUGUUCCAUCCCCCUCCUGGGCUACUCUGUGGAUGACAGCGCCCGGCCCACAGACCCUCCUGCCAGCUUCCGCCUCUCCCAGUCCAAGUCCAUCCACAACUUUGCAGCUGACACUGAGGAUCUCAAGCAGCGCUGGCUGAAAGUGAUCCGAGUGGCGGUGACGGGAGAGGUGCCCGAAUGCCCUCAGACCAACGGGGGCAACGGCAACAUGAUGGACAACAACAACACACAAGAAGCGGCUACUGAUAGCUCAUAAGGUCGUGUUUUUUUUUUUUUUUACAAACCAGAUGCUGUUGGUUUGCUCGAGAAAGACAGGAUGUGAAGACAUGUACAAAAUACAAAUGAACACUCUCCUUGUUGUCAUUGGACCUUAAAGACAAGUGGAAAAAUCUGUGCUGGAUAAGCUGCCUUUCCUUGCUACUCUCCUGUUUCCCAGUUCCCUUCUGGAUUUUGUCAUGAACCCACACAAAGAACUUCUGAGUCACUGCUAGAUCUGUGCUGGAUUACUAAAGGACAUGUCUGGUGCAAUCAACACUAGAGCAGAGGGGCCUCAGGACGGAUCGACUUCCCUCAAACAGGAACCAUUAAUGACAGCUCAAAGUCUUCGUAGAUUUUUAAUCUGUGUCAGCUCUUCUUGAGCCAGUGGACUACCACAGACGUACACAGCGCCCCCCCCCCACAGGAUGUGAAUCAAAGUGCAAGGACGGUUCCAAACUAAGUCUGCUGGUGCUGUAACUCAACUCUGCGUACCUGUACAGUAUAAAUGUUUUGUUUUUCUUCUCUUUUCAAAAAGGAACAUCUGUGUUUUUAUGUAAAGAAAUCAAUCCCAAACUUUGUUUUGAUAACAUAGAAAAACAUCUUAAGUAUGAUAUAAAGUAUUUACAGUAUUUUGCCAGUUCUUUGCUUGAGAAGAUGGUUUCAAAACUGGGGGAAAAUAAUCAUGUGGUAGAAUAACGAUGGUUUCAUCUCCCGCUCUCAUCCCUCUGUGAAACUUUAUCAUCUGUCUUAUGCUGAUCAAACUCUGGAUGCACGUUGGCUGAUCUGAUGCUUUACAUUUGGUUGUCCCUGUCCUACAGUGUGUUUUCUAUGCAGCAAAGGAACUAGUCUGCUAAUCAAACCAUUUUUAAAUAUUCAGGCAGCUGCCCAUAGAAGGGAUCGAUUGUGGAGUUUUUAUAUUUUAAUUCAGAAACCCCCCUAGUAUAACCAAGUUUAAACACACUGGUGCCUCCAAUUCCCAUAAUGCAACUCAACAGCAAAUUACAUUAGGCUUUCCUGGCCAGAUAAAUGACCAAGGUUUGUCAGAUAUACAAAGUCUCAAGCCUAACUCAAGAUAACCCUGAUGAUGUCACUAUGACAUCACAGUUAUCUUGAGUUGAUGAGGAUUUAGAAAGUUCCCUGUAGAGCCACCCAAUACAUUAUACGACUGUUUCCAUAGAUUGAGUAAAGCUCUCCAUGAUAAGUAAAGGUAUAGCCAUCUGGGUAAAAAAAAAAAAAAAAAAAAAAAAAAGUAUAAUUACACAAAUCCCUUUGAUCUAACAAUAUGAAUUCUCAUAAAUUGCCCAAAUCUAUGGCCCUGACAGUGCAGUUUGUAUUAAAAUAGCACGCUGCAAUCACAUGUAUUCUGUAUGGCAUAAUAACUGAUCGAUGGUGAAGGUAAAUGAUUGUCGAUCUACAGGACAUUCAUGGACUGUUAUUCAUGUGGAGGGAGAUGAACGGGGACCAUCAGGUUUUCUAUUUAAUGAGAAUGCAAAACAAUCAGAUUAAGCAAGCUGGUGCGAGAAAUGUAAAUGUAUUUUUAAUGCUGUAAUUAAUUGUAUUAUUUAAAGUAAUUUAUAGAGUAUGAUGAGCAUGAUCUGUUAAAAAAGUAGCACAAAUUUGUUCCUCGACUGUCAACUAAGAAGUGCAGUAGGUAGAUCUGGGUUUUUUUUUCUGAGAGCAGAUGUUUUUCCACUAACCCACAUCAACCCGGUUCUUCAGUGUGACAGCGACCGGUCAUGGCGCUGGACUGACUUGUGUUCAUUCACUUUGAUGUUUGCCAGAGUUCCCUCCCUGCUCAAUGCUGGUGCUCACCUGAGUCUCACCCCUGUUAAUUCUUUCCCCUCCUCAAUAUUCAAAUAAAAAGCAAGAGCACAAAACUUCCCCAUCUUUAGGAUCUGAAUGUAAAUCCAGAUUUGUAUUUCCUCUCAUCCCCCUCCUCAAACGUUUGAGAAUCUACGCACUUUACAGUCUUAUGAAGUGUACCUUAAAGGAAAAAUAAAACAAGAUUAAA